CCUCAUCGACUUCCUACCCCCGGAUAGUGACACGCAUUCACCGGUCAGCUCCGCUUAUUCUUUGCUGUCUCCACCCCGCUGGUUUACAUCUGUAGCUGCCGGUGCUGGUUUAUGCUCUUCCGUUUGUUCGGUAACGUGUCUCAGAGGGUGCCGAGCUUCCUGUACCGGGUGUCGCUGAUGAUGAAGCCGCAGGUUGUGUUCGUGCUGGGCGGGCCUGGCGCCGGCAAAGGGACCCAGUGCUCCAAAAUCGUGGAGAACUACAGCUACACCCAUUUGUCAGCGGGGGAACUGCUGAGGGCAGAGCAAGCAAGAGACGGGUCAGAAUUCGGACAGCUCAUCGCCAGCUACAUCAAGGAGGGCAAAAUUGUCCCCGUGGAAAUCACUAUCAGCUUACUCAAGAAGGCAAUGGAAGAGACCAUGCAGAAAGACGAGAAGAAGUUCCGUUUCCUCAUAGAUGGUUUCCCCCGCAACGAGGACAACCUUGAGGGGUGGAACAAAGGCAUGGACGGCAAAGCAGAUGUUAAAUUUGUGCUUUUCUUCGACUGCAACAAUGAGGUUUGCAUCAGUAGAUGUUUAGAAAGAGGGAAGAACAGUGGACGCACAGAUGACAACAGAGAAAGCUUGGAGAAAAGAAUCCAAACCUACCUGCAUUCUACACGACCAAUCAUUGAACUGUAUGCUAAACUCGGCAAGGUGCGCACUAUAGACGCCUCUCGCUCUGUGGAUGAGGUGUUUACUGACGUGAAAGUCAUCCUAGACAAAGAGGGUUGAGUCUCUCCAGCUGCCAACAACAUUCACUUACAUUUUUAGUUUUAUUUUUAUCAACUCCGAGCACACUAUAAUAAGUUUAUAUGUCCAUUCAUUUUACUUUUUACUUUUGGUUAAUUUUUGUUUUCCAUUUCUUUUUGUAAAAUGCUGCACUGUUUGUUUGUGGAUGUGUGUACAAUAUGUAUUGAUCUGAAUGAGAAGUAGAGUUGCCUAGCAGCUAUUUGUGAUUAAGUAGUUCAUGCUUAGAGGAGCUCACAGCUCGUCUGCACUGUCUUUCAUCAUAGUUCGAGGCCUUCGCAUAGGAACAAAUGUAAGGUUAGCAUAGACACUUUUUGGUGGUGUAUAUCACUGAUGUCUUCACUGAUGAGUAUCAUGUCACUGGAAGCAGCCAUCGUGCUUCAGACCAAAUAGUUUGACCUGAUGACGACAUACUGGGUUUGAUUUACGACUGGCAGGGCCGCCAGUAGCCUCCAAAUAAAAUGCAUCAAACAUCUGUGUCAUGCUUAAUGGACAGCACUUAAGGGACAUGACCAGGUUUAUCUUUCUGUUACCCAUUCUGCAAUGAAUAUUUGACUGUGCUAGAACACCUGGAUGUGCUUCAUCACAGCUGUGACAGCUGGGACUAAUCACAGAGAAAACAUGAAGAUAGAAACCAUUUCGUUAAAUCAGUACUGUAUCUGCUUGAAGGACGGGGGAUAAAACCGUAAAAGUUUAAACAA